AUGACAAACAAAAAGCAAAGAAGUAAUGUCGGUCUAAAUGACUCAUCCCAGGAGCGGUCUAAAGCUCAGGUAGAGGAAUAUAAUAUUCUUGUAGCUCAACGCGAUGCACUAACAAAUGAAAUAAGUAGAUUUCAAACAUUUUUAGAGAAUAAAUGUAUAGAUUUAGACAAUCCUCGAGAUAACCCUAUAUUAAAAAUAGAUUUGAGCACCCGUUUAACUAAUAUUGAGCCCAUUCUUAGUGAAUUUAAAAUUAUUCAGCUAAAAAUUGAGCAAUUGUGCUUGGCUAAUGAUUUCGAAGAAUCAGAUAGCCAAGAGCAAGAGCGUACUGAAUUUGAAAAUUUAUUUUAUGGAACUGUAUCCAAUGCCAAAGCAACUCUAGAAAGAGUUGAUAAAAUUAUUAAUGCAAGUGUGCAGCCAGACUUAAGCUCAAUCCCACAUUUACCCACCUUUCAAUCAAUAUAUCCAUAUGGUCCUCGUUUGCCCCCUAUACCCCUACCUAAAUUUAAUGGUUCUUAUGAGGCAUGGACCAACUUUAAGGACACAUUUCUCUCUUUAAUAGAUAAAAGUACACAAAUUAACAAUGUGGAAAAAUUUUAUUAUUUACAGUCUACCCUACAGGGAGAGGCAGCUCAAAUCAUUAGCUCAUUGGCAGCUACCGAGCAUAGUUAUGCUACAGCAUGGUCUUUAUUGCAAGAAAGAUAUGAAAAUAAAAAGGCAAUCAUACAUUCCCACAUUAAAUGCAUUUUUGAAUUGCCUGUUAUCAAAGACGAAUCCCACAUUCAGCUACGAAAAUUCUUAGACCUAUUCCAAACCCACUUUAAAUCUUUACAAAACCUCGGGGAAACAGUAAAACAAUGGUGCACGCCUGUCAUAUAUCUGUUGAACUCAAAACUAGAUUUUUCAACCCGAAAGGAAUGGGAAACUUUCACUAAAGAUAUUGAAAUCCCAACAAUCCAGGAUUUUUUAACAUUCUUAUCUCAGCGAUGUUGCUUUUUAGAAUCUUUGGAUUUUAAACUAAAUAAUAAAAAGUUUCCUAGUAAGUUUGAAAAAUCCUAUGAACGUAAAACUUUAAUAACCCAAAAUGCUCUACGCUCAUGCCCUAAUGUAGUGUGUCCCAUGUGUAAAGAUACACAUUUUAUCUAUUCAUGCAAAAAGUUUUUAGAGUUGUCUGUAUCAAGUAGGUUUUUUGAGGCAAGGAAAGCAAAUCUAUGCACAAACUGCUUGCGUCCAGGCCACAGACAUAGAGAAUGUCAUUCAACAAACAGUUGUAGAAGAUGUCAAGCGAGGCAUCAUACCCUCUUACAUAGAGAAUCUAAUCAGGAUCCUAAUUACGAUUCUAAUAUCCACUUAACUGGUAAACCUCAUCAAUCCCAAUCAAGAUAUAUGCAACCUAACCUUUUACAGCCUAAACGAGAAACAAACUCAAAUUAUACAAGUACUUUCAAUUCUGGACAGCAUAUGAUGCAAGGCAAUAACGCCAAUCAUCAAUCUCAUGUAACCGCAUCGAAGCAUGCACCCUUUAGUCCUGGUAGCCAACAACAAAAUACAAUCAAUCAUAGUCUUAUGUGUGAAACCCCAAAUGUACCCCUCUCCCAUAAUUCGGGGUAUUCAGAUUUACCCAGUACAAGCCAAGCAACCCAAAACCUGUAUUGUGCCAGCCAAAAUCCCAACUCAUUUGUUCUUCUUUCUACAGCAUCCUUAUGUAUUUAUGACAAAAACCACAAACCCAUUAUUUGCAAAGCCAUUUUGGAUAAUGGUAGCCAAUCAAACUUUAUUAGUGAAAAAUUAUUCAAGCUAUUAAAUAUACCAUACCAAUCUGUGAAUAUGUCAGUCUCUGGCAUAGGCCCUGACGUCACAAACCUCACUAAACGAGUCCAGUUACAAAUAAAGUCCAUGGUCAAUAAUUUUUCGGCUAAAAUCCCAGCUUUGGUGAUUAAUAAAAUCACAGAGCUUACACCUCAAAUUCCCAUUGACAUUUCUAGCAUAAAACUACCCGCUGACAUCAUUCUUGCUGAUUCAAGCUUUCACACCCCUUCGGAGGUUCAUCUUCUGAUAGGAGCUGGUUUAUUUUAUAAUAUACUUUGCUCUAGGCAAAUAAAAACUGGCAAUGGCAAUCCCAUUCUACAGGAGACCCAGCUUGGAUGGGCAGUAAGCGGACCACUUUCUUUACUGGCAAAUGUUUCCUAUGCAUCAUCGUAUAAAACCCAUAGCCAAUCAUUGUUUUGCACCAAUGACCUCCAAGGCUGUCUUGAAAAAUUUUGGUUGACAGAAGAAACCACUCAGCAAGUACCCCAUGUCCUCUCUAAAGAAGAGCUCGAAUGUGAAGAUCAUUUUCAAGAAACCACUCAUCAGGACUUAACAGGUCGCUUCAUAGUAAAAUUACCUACUAAACCCAAUGUUUUUAAUCUAGGUGACUCUCUGCAGCCUGCUUUAAAGAGAUUCUAUUCUCUGGAGCAGAAAUUUAACAAGCACCCAGAAAUUAAAAAAUUAUACAUAGAUUUUAUUAAAGAAUAUAUCUCUUUGGGCCACAUGUCUGAAAUACAACCUAAUCAAUCAAUUGAUUCUAAGUAUCCAUGCUAUUAUCUUCCACACCACUGUGUCGAAAAAGUUGAUAGCACCACAACCCGUUUAAGAGUAGUCUUUGAUGCCUCUUGCGUCUCAAGCACGGGCCUAUCCCUGAACGACACCCUUAAAAUAGGUCCUAAUAUUCAAAACGAUUUGUUCUCCAUCAUUGUGAAAUUCCGUAAACACAAUUAUGUUCUUAUCGGUGACAUCGCCAAGAUGUAUCGCCAGGUUUUACUAGAACCAUGUCAACGCAACCUUCAGCGUAUAAUAUGGCGGGACAACCCCAACGAAAAUAUUCGACAUUUUACCUUAAAUACUGUCACUUAUGGUAUGGCAAGUUCCUCCUAUUUAGCUACUCGCUGUCUCAAGGAAAUUUCUAAUCGUUCUAAAAACAACUACCCCCAUGAAAGUCAAGUGUUACGUACGGACUGCUACGUUGACGAUAUCGCGUCAGGAACUGAUACCAAAGAAGAGCUUAUCGUCCUUGGAAAGAAUCUUGUUGCUCUUCUUAAGAAAUUUGGAUUUGACUUAAGAAAGUUUUGCUCAAAUGACCCCGAAGUGUUAUCAGAGUUAAGCCCAAAUGCAUCUCUUGACACACAUUUUAUUCUGAAUGAUGAGCAUAGUACAAAAACCCUUGGGAUAUCCUGGAAUCCCAGACAAGAUUUAUUUAUAUACACUUCAACCAUAAACUCCAAUUCUAAACCAGUAACAAAAAGAACCAUUCUUUCCUUAAUUUCUCAAAUAUUUGACCCGUUGGGCCUCUUAGGUCCCAUGAUAGUUCAAAUAAAGCUGCUCUUACAAAAGUUAUGGCUUCUCAAGGUCGAUUGGGACGAUCCUGUUCCCACAGAUGUUUUUCGAACUUGGAAAAAUUUUACUUAUCAUCUAUCUUUAGUAGACUACUUUCGAAUUCCUCGACAAGUAACCAUCAAAAAUGCAAUUUUCUUAGAGCUCCAUGGAUUUUGUGACUCCUCAAUAAAUGCCUUUGGAGCAUCUAUCUAUGUGCGUUUAAUCGACCCACUUGGCAACAUUGCAGUCAACCUCUUAUGUGCUAAAAGUCGAGUAGCUCCCCUAAAGGCUGCAACCUUACCCCAUCUCGAGCUUUGCGGAGCUCUAGUUUUAUCACGAUUGAUGAAGAAGGCUCUAAAUGCCCUAGAUUGCAACCCAGACAAAAUAAAUUUUUAUACCGACUCUACCAUAGUUCUCUGUUGGAUUUCUUUGGAACCUCGCCAGUUAAAGACUUAUGUGUGCAACUGA